UAAUACUAUGAAUAUGAUAAAUGUAUAUGCACCAACAACAUCAGUCCAGAGAAUGGAAAUAUUCAGAUGCUUAGAAAUUACAAUGGCAAAUGAAAAAAAUCUAAUUGUUGUUGGUGAUUUUAAUUGUUCAACUGAACAAAAAAAUAAAGAACAACAAAUGGAUAAAUCAUCAAAAAAACUAGGAGAAAUUGUUAAAGAUUGUGACAUGAUAGAUGUAUUUAGAAAAUUGAAACGUAAAGAAAAAGGGGUUACGUGGAGAGGAGCAGGAAAAAAAUCCUCUCGAAUAGAUUAUAUUUUUACAGAUAAGACCUAUGAACCAAAGAAAUGUAAAUUGCAGCCAGUGUUUUUUACUGAUCAUUGUAUGUUGAAGGUGGAAUUAGAAAAAGGGAGUGAUGACGAGACCAAAGACUUCCAAUGGAAGUUAAAUAUAAAAAUGUUAGAGGACAAGAAAAUAAGAGAGGAGUAUAAGCAAUAUUAUAAAGGAUGGACAACUUUAAAAGAAUGGUGUGGGACACAAAGAGAGUGGUGGGAGCUAAAGAAGAGAAACACAGAGUUUUUCCAAAAAAAAGGCAGAGAAUGGAGCAAAAAAGAGAAGGAAGAAAUAAAAAGAUUUCAGGAAAAUCUUGAACAAGAGUACAGGAGAGAGGGUUAUAAUGAAACAGAGAUAAGGAUAACAAAAGAACUAGAACAAUUAUUCAAGAAAAAAGAAGAAAAAAUAAAAUUUCAAAGUAGAGUUAGAGAACAAGAAGAAGGAGAAAAGUGCUGCAGAUAUUUUUUUAAGAAAAUAAAGGAGAGGAGAAAAAAAUCAAGAAUGGAAGAAAUGAUGGAUAAAAAUGGAGACAUCAAAAAAGGAAAUAAGGAAAUAAUGGAAAUAGUUUUAACUCAUUAUAGAGACGUGUAUGGAAAAAAAAGAGAUUGAUAAUGAGUAUAUCGACAGAAUAGAAAAAACAAUAGAUCGAUUUUAUACAGAAGAACAAAGAAAAAUGUUAUGUCAGGAAAUAAAAAUGGAAGAAGUUGAAGCAGCGGUAAAAAUGUGCAGCAGAGGAAAAACACCAGGAAUAGACGGCUUACCGAUUGAAUUUUAUUUGACUUUUUGGGAAAUUUUAAAAAAUGAUGUGCGGGUCUUGUUUUUGGAAAUAUUAAAAUAUGGAGAAAUGACAAGCACAAUGAAAAGUGGAGUGAUAACGCUUAUUCCCAAGCAGGAUGACAAGAAGGAGGUAAAAAACUGGAGACCAAUUACAUUGCUUUGCCGGGAUUACAAAAUACUGACAAGAGUCAUGGCAAACCGUUUGAAAGAAUACGUGGGGGAUAUAAUAAAAGAAGAACAGGCUUGUGUGGUACAGGAGAGGAGCGCUGCAGAAAAUCUGUGUGUGAUAAGAGAUUGCAUUAGCGUAAUGAAAGAAAAAAAUUUGGAUGUAGGGUUAAUCAACUUAGAUUUGGAAAAAGCUUUUGAUAAGGUCGCACAUAAGUAUAUGUGGAAGGUAAUACAAAAAAUGGGAGUGCCAGAAGAAUUUGUGGGAUGGCUAAAGGCAAUAUAUAAUGGAAUAGGAAGUAGAAUAAAAGUAAACAACAGGCUGACGGAGGAAAUAAAAGUUGAAUGUGGAGUACGGCAAGGGUGUCCUUUGUCAGCAGUCCUAUUUGUGUUAAGUAUUGAGCCUUUGUUGAAUAUGAUAAGAAAUGACAAUAAUAUAAGAGGAAUUGAAGUUCCGGGAAGUGGAGGCCAGCAGAUAAAAUUGUUUGCUUAUAUGGAUGACAUCACAGUAUUAAUAAGGGACGCUUGGAGUGUAAAGCAAGUAAUAGAACACACUGAAAGUUUUUGUAGGGCCUCAGGGUCAAAUUUAAACUUAAAAAAAUGUGAAUGUAGGAUAUGGGGAAAAUGGAAAGAAGAACCAAAAGAAAAGAUAAGACUUACGGAUAAGGUGAAAGUACUUGGGAUUACUUUUGGAGAUGUCAACACAGAAAAGGAGGAAUGGAAGGGAAUGUUAAACCAGAUCAAUCAAAAAAUAGGGUUCUGGAGUUUGAGACAUUUGACAAUGGAAGGGAAAAUAUUGUUGGUUAAAGCAAUCAUUCUACCGAAAUUAUCAUAUUUAGCAACUGUUUUUUAUCCGCCAAAGAAAAUACUAAAAAGGAUUUUAAGAACUUGUUUUGUAUUUCUGUGGAAUUCAAAGUGCGAAAAACUGGCUAGGAAACAGGUAAUGAAGACCAAAGAAAAUGGAGGUAAAGGAUUUCCAAAUAUUGAAAAGGAGUUGGAACUAAAACAUACAGCAACGGUGGUGAAUUUGGCAAUAAAUAAAAGAGGAAAAUUUGCAGAUAUGUCGAGAUAUUUACUAGGGACGGAACUAAGAAAAGCGAAACUGUUAAAAAUAAUUAAUAACAGACCUAUGGCGUUUAAUGUGCCAAAACACUAUAAGAUUAUAAAAAAAUGUUUACAAGGGUAUGAAUGGGAGGGAGGAGAUUCAAAAAUGUGGGGAAAAAAAAGAGAAUUAAAGAAAUACAUAGAAAAAAAGGAAACAAUGAGGAAAAUUCAAGCACUUACGGAGGAGCAAGUAAGAAAAGUGUGGCAACAAACGUCAAAUAAAGAAUUAACAAAUAGACAAAAAGAUUUGGGGUGGAUGAUAGUAAAUGAAAUUUUACCAACAAAUACAGUUAUGUACAAAAGGAGAGUGGUUAAAAGUAAAAUGUGUCCAAGAGACAAUUGUUUAGAAGCAGAGACUGCAGAGCAUGUAUUCUGGAACUGCAGAUAUGCACAAGAGGUGUGGAGAUAUGUGGGAAGGGAAUGGAAAGGGGAUUUAGAGAUUGAAGAUAUUACAAAAGAAGGUGUACUAUAUGGUUUGGUGGGAAAGGAGCUAAAUGAAAAAAUGUCAAUAAGGCAAUGGAAAAUGGUUAGUGUCAUAAAAGAAAAUAUGUGGUGGUUUAGGAAUGAAUUAGUAAUACAUAAUAAGAAAAUAACAAUACAAAGACUGUUACAGAGAUGUGAAAAAGAGAUACGGGAGGAAUGGAAGAUAAAAGAAGAAGCAGAAAGAAAUAAAAAUACAUAGAAAAAAAGGUAAAGAUUCUUAAUAUAAAGUAUAAAAAAAAAAAAAAAAUUGUUGUGUCACGGUGGUGAAAUGGUGAUGGGUUACAGUGGAUUAGCAAAUUGGCCAGACAUUGUGUGUGUGCUCAAAGCUAAGAAACUGAAAAGAAAAAUUAAAUGUAAGUGAAAAAAGGACAAGCAAAAUAGUGUUUGUUCUCAGUAAUGGAAUUUAGACAUGGAAGAAAAAAAA